AUGGCUACGCUCUCGAGCUCAGCAUCAGCUGAGAAGAAGGCCCAGGAACCAAACACUGUCCGUUUUGCCUCGCAGAACCAGGAGAUCGAACCGCCCCAGAGUCUUCUGUCGUCCAGCGACUCUCCAGGUACAGCCAUCAAGGGAAAUGAUGGAUCUCUACAUCGAGGGCCUGGUGGUGAAUCCAUACCCUUUGAUUCUGCAUUCCAGAAAUCCAGGCUUCAGGAAACAAGACUGCAUAAUUUUGCUUUUGAUCCGGUGUCUUUACCUGCUUCUAGGGCUCCUUCCCGAGAUUCGAGCAUCCGUGACUUUAAUAGAUCCAUUGGAAUGUCUCCUCCUCCCUCACAACCGCAAUCUCCUGCCUUCGGCCCCAUCGACCUGCCCGAGAAUCCAAAGGAUGGACAUAAUCGCGCAUUACUAGAGACAGUAGAAAUGACGCCAGAAGCCUCUUCUUCCAGCGAACGGCCCUCUAAACAAUACAUGAGAAACCAGCACUCGUUCACCUCCUCCAGGCCAUCCUCACCCUCCACUGCCCCUUCCACUCGUCCAGUCUCGGGAUAUAGCAAUACUCCUCCACCAAAACUCUCAAAUAUCAACCGCGGGAAAUUUUUUGUUGGCCCAUCUGAGGACAGCCCUCCAAGUACCCCCCGAUUUGAAGCCAAACGGCCUGCCUCCCCGCUCCUUGGAUCAGGUACAAUCACUCCCUUAGGCGAUGAGAAUGAUCCUUACGCUCGAGAUAAGAGACCUCCGCAAACAAAAAAUCUAGCGAAUAUAGACCAGAGGUUCAUUUUCGGAGGCGUUGACGCCAAACGCCGUCCACAUAAAUCACAUUCUACAACUUCCUUAUCCACACAUAAUAUCCCACGCUCUGCUCAUGCAUCUGAGGCCAAGGACCAUCAUCAUCACCACCACCAUAAACACUCCCACAUCUUCGGUGGCAAGAAAGAUCGGCAUCUUCAAGAUGAUAAAUUUGAUGCCAGACAUUCGGGCUCAAUGUCUGAGCUAAGGCGUUUCUUUAGGAUGGAUCGCAAGCACAAACGGGGAGAGUCACCAUCUUCUAUGAAAUCUUCUAAAUCCUCCCUAAAACAUGUUCCGUUCCAAUCUACUGCCCCCAGCGUGCCUUUUGCCGAUGACCAUGGUCUGCAGUCCAAGUAUGGAAAACUUGGUAAAGUCCUGGGAGCAGGCGCCGGAGGAUCUGUCAGGUUGCUCAAGCGCAGUUCGGACGGUGUCACUUUUGCUGUCAAGCAGUUUAGAGAAAAACACUCCUGGGAAUCGGAGAGGGAGUAUGCUAAGAAAGUAACUGCAGAAUUUUGCAUUGGUUCUACUUUACACCAUGGUAACAUUAUUGAGACGCUAGACAUCAUUCGUGAGAACGGCAAUUGGUAUGAGGUGAUGGAAUUUGCGCCUUUUGAUCUCUUUGCCAUUGUCAUGACUGGGAAGAUGACAAGGGAGGAGAUCGCUUGCUCAUGGCUGCAAAUUGUGAAUGGAGUCAGCUAUCUUCAUAGCAUGGGCCUGGCUCAUAGAGACCUCAAACUAGAUAACGUCGUGGUCAACGAUAAAGGCAUCAUGAAAUUGAUAGACUUCGGCAGUGCAGUGGUAUUCAGAUAUCCCUUCGAAACCGGAACCGUUCAAGCCACAGGCGUCGUUGGUUCAGACCCAUACUUGGCCCCUGAGGUUUACGACGGAAAGAAAUAUGACCCUUGUGCAGCAGAUAUGUGGUCUCUUGCGAUUAUAUACUGCUGCAUGAUCCUCCGCCGAUUUCCCUGGAAACAGCCUAAGGAAGAGGAUAACUCAUUCAAACUAUUUAUUGCUGAACCAUCCCCUAAUACCCCACCACCAGAUGAGUUUGGUAAUCCAUCCAGAGGGCGGCCAAGGUCCAUGGUUGGAGAACCGGGAAAUAAUUCUACUGCGAAUGGAAUCAAAGACGACAGCCAAGUUCACCAUCAUCGCCGUAGAUCAGAUAACAAAGAAUAUCCUAAAUCGGGACCUACUACCAACGACCCCAAGGAUGAAACUUCUGCAAAAAUAGCGGGAAAUGCAGAGAAACAAGCUACAGGCCAGCGUCAAGAACCCAUUAAAGGGCCCUGGCGGCUCUUAAGGGUUCUACCUCGGGAGUCCCGUCUCCUUAUCAGCCGUUUACUGAAACUCGAUCCGCGAGAACGAGCAACUUUACAGGACAUAUUGGAAAACGAGUGGCCGCCACAGUAUUUUCCGACGGAUUCCGCCCAUGAUAACUGGUUGGUUUAUCUGUUGGUUUGCCUUUCUUCCAAUCCUUCGUUUUCCUAUGGGAAAGUAAAAAGUUGCUACGUUUUUAUAUGCAGUUAUACAUUGUGGACACUUAUUUGA